CAAAAUUUUGAUUUGUGUGCACAUCAUUACUGGGUACAUAUAAUGGCGAAGAACAUUGUUUUUGUUGAUGUAGCAAAAGCUGAUUAGUUUGUCAUCUCAUCCUUGUUAAUAAUCUUAGGUCAUAAUGUAAGAACUCAGUUGUUGUUUUUUUUUUUUGCUGAUAUCAAUGUUUUGGACUGAUCUCAUGUGUGUAACAAAUGCAUUUCUUCCUGGUCUUUAGUUAUUGUAUCAAUGUUUUGGACUGAUCUCUUUUCUCCGUUCAGAAUUGCCAAAGGGGACUGGUUUAGCCAGCAUUGCUACUAACCAGAUUAUAUUUCCAGACACAUCAACAAACAGGAAUGUGCAAAGGUAUGUUGAGAAACAAGCAUCUAACUAAAUCUCAAUUGAUGUUUUAUGCUGGAUUCUGUUGAUAAAAAAAGUUAGGUUGUAUUUUGUGUUUGUUUUCUUUAAGGCUGUGUAUAUGGAAUGACAACAACACAUAUGGUGUUUAAGGAAAAAAGAAAACAAAACAAGAUUUGGCUUUUGGCAGGAGUUACUUGGAAUAUAAGAUUAUGCUAAUUAUGGUUAUCAUUAUGUAGUCCUCCUAAUUUUUCUCACAUCCUCUCUCCUUCCUUAGGACAGAGAGAUUCGAAUCCAAGUUGUCUCUUCAUUUCUCUCUGUCUCUCAUUUUGUUCCCUUAUUAAAAACCAAGAACUCCUCUCUCCUCACUUUCUCUGAUUUUGAUAAAAAUCCGAAUCCAUCUUGAUCUUUUCUUUUCCUUGCAUAGGUUUUUUCCCUUCCUACCUCCCUCCGUGUGAUGGCUCGUCAUUCCCGGAGGGAGUCCUUCUCCGACACGGCGGCCUCUACAGUUUGUCCUGACACUGAUCUUCUCUGGCCAUUUGGGAAACUCGAUGGCCUUGAUAAGGACGAAAUACGUGAGACCGCGUAUGAGAUAUUUUUCGCGGCUUGUCGGUCAUCACCUGGAUUCGGAGGAAGAACUGCUCUCACGUUCUACUCAAAGCACAACGGUGGUGACAACGAAGGAGACGGGAUAGGAGGAGGAGGAGGGUCGCGUAAGGGUUCAGGGUUCGGGUCUUUAGGGAGGAAAGAGGUGGUGACAACACCAACAAGCCGAGUGAAACGUGCACUAGGGUUGAAAAUGCUAAAAAGAUCUCCGUCUAGGCGAAUGACGACAGCUUCGGGAGCCGCGUCUGCUCCUUCCUCCCCUGGUAAUGGAAGCAGCAUAGGAGGUGGCUCUUCGGGUCACAUUAGCCCCGGUUCUGGUUUCUUGACGGUCCCGCCUUCUCGGCCUAGACGACCUUUAACUUCUGCGGAGAUCAUGAGGCAACAAAUGAGAGUGACUGAGCAAGGUGACACUCGGCUUCGGAAAACCCUAACAAGGACGCUUGUUGGCCAAUCGGGUAAGCGAGCAGAGACGAUCAUCCUUCCGUUAGAGCUUCUCCGGCACGUGAAAACGUCUGAGUUCAGUGACGUACACGAGUAUCAGAUAUGGCAGAGACGUCAGCUUAAAGUCAUCGAAGCUGGUCUUCUCCUUCACCCAUCAAUCCCUCUCGAGAAAACCAACAACUUCGCAAUGCGUCUCCGAGAAGUCAUCCGCCAGAGCGAGACCAAACCCAUCGACACCGGCAAAACCUCAGAAACAAUGUCCACACUCUGUAACGUCGUCAUCUCCUUAGCCUGUCGCAACACCAACACCACAGCAAGCGAUGUAUGCCACUGGGCUGAUGGAUACCCUCUCAACAUUCAUCUCUAUGUAGCGCUUUUACAGUCCAUUUUCGACGUUCGUGAUGAGACGUUGGUUCUCGAUGAGAUCGAUGAGCUCUUGGAGCUGAUGAAGAAGACAUGGUCGAUGCUUGGAAUCACGCGGGCAAUGCAUAACUUGUGUUUCACUUGGGUUCUGUUUCAUCAGUACAUUGUGACCUCUCAGAUGGAGCCUGACUUGCUCGGUGCCUCGCAUGCAAUGUUGGCUGAAGUGGCUAAUGACGCUAAGAAGUCUGAUCGCGAGGCUCUCUACGUGAAGCUUUUGACGUCGACGUUGGCUUCUAUGCAAGGAUGGACCGAGAAAAGGCUGUUGAGCUACCAUGACUAUUUCCAACGAGGGAACGUUGGAUUGAUCGAGAAUCUUCUGCCGUUAGCUUUGUCUUCGUCUAGGAUUGUGGGAGAGGACGUGACGAUCUCUCAAGGAAGUAGUCAAGAGAAAGGUGAUGUGAAGCUGGUGGAUUCUUCAGGGGAGCGUGUUGAUUACUAUAUAAGAGCCUCUAUUAAAAACGCUUUCUCAAAGGUGACUGAGAGCAUGAAGGACAAAGUUUCAGCAACAGAGGAAGGAGAAGAAGCGGCGAAGAUGUUACUUCAGCUAGCUAAGGAGACAGAGGAUCUUGCUUUGCGUGAGCGAGAGUGUUUCAGCCCUAUACUUAAGAGAUGGUAUUCAGUUGCAGCUGGUGUAGCCUCGGUUUCAUUACACCAGUGUUACGGUUCGGUCUUGAUGCAGUACUUAGCUGGCCGGUCGAGUAUUACUAAAGAGACUGUGGAAGUUCUGCAAACAGCGGGGAAGCUGGAGAAGGUUCUUGUGCAGAUGGUGGCAGAAGAUUCAGAGGAAUGUGAAGAUGGAGGCAAAGGUCUAGUUAGAGAGAUGGUUCCUUACGAAGUUGAAUCGAUUAUAUUGCGGCUUUUAAAGCAGUGGAUUGACGAGAAGUUGAAAACAGUUCAAGAAUGCUUGAGUAGGGCAAAGGAAGCUGAAACAUGGAACCCUAAAUCAAAAUCAGAGCCAUAUGCUCAAUCUGCUGGUGAGUUGAUGAAGCUAGCUAACGACGCGAUUGCUGAGUUCUUUGAGGUCCCGAUUGGUAUUACAGAGGAUCUUGUUCAUGACCUGGCUGAAGGGCUAGAACAACUCUUCCAGGAAUACACUACCUUCGUUGCAUCUUGUGGUUCGAAACAGAGUUACAUUCCAACACUUCCUCCUCUCACAAGAUGCAACAGAGACUCAAAGUUCGUAAAGCUUUUGAAGAAAGCCACACCAUGCACUGCCUCCGGUGAAGAUCUCAACAGCCUAACCGGCGGCUCCCUAGGCAUCUCCGACGGCCACCACCCACGUCCCUCCACGAGCCGCGGCACCCAACGCCUCUACAUUCGUCUCAACACUCUACACUUCCUAAGCUCUCAGCUCCACUCCCUCAACAAAUCCCUCUCCCUAAACCCUAGCGUCCUCCCCGCCACGCGCAAACGCCACCGCGAACGCACAAACUCAUCCUCCUCCUCUUACUUCGACUCCACGCAAGCGGGGAUCGAAACCGCGUUCCACCACGUCUCCGAGGUGGCAGCUUACAGACUCAUCUUCCUCGACUCGUACUCGGUCUUCUACGAGAGACUCUACGUAGGAGACGUCGCCAACGCGAGGAUCAAGCCCGCGCUACGGAUCUUGAAACAGAACUUAACGCUGAUGACGGCGAUCCUCGCGGAUAGAGCGCAAGCGUUGGCGAUGAGAGAAGUCAUGAAGGCUUCGUUCGAAGCGGUUCUAACGAUUCUGCUAGCGGGAGGACACUCGCGAGUGUUCUACCGAGCGGAUCACGAGCUGAUCGAGGAAGACUUCGAGAGUUUGAAGAAGGUUUACUGCACGUGCGGGGAAGGGUUGAUCUCUGAAGAGGUGGUGGAUAGAGAGGCGGAGACGGUGGAAGGGGUUGUACAGUUGAUGAGUCAGCCAACGGAGCAGCUCGUGGAAGAUUUUAGCAUCGCGACGUGUGAAGCGAGCGGGAUGGGUUUGGUCGGGACGGGGCAGAGGCUUCCUAUGCCUCCGACGACUGGGAGAUGGAACAGGUCGGAUCCGAACACGAUCUUGAGAGUUCUUUGUUAUAGAGAUGAUCGUGUUGCUAAUCGGUUUUUGAAGAAGUCGUUUCAGUUGGGUAAACGGAGAUGACACCUGAAAAUGAUCACUUACAAAGAACUAAUCAUUGUCUUGACUGAUAGAUUUUUUUUUCAGACAAUAGAAACAAACCCUUUUGUCUAAUUACGGGAGUAAACUUGUGAUUUGGUUGGUUGAAAGUUGCUAGAUUUGGUCAAUGCUUUAGGCCAUGUAACUAAACUGUGAAUGACAAAAGUGAAUUGGAUAAACGACACAAACAAAAAGUGACAAUACAUUUUUAAUGAUCACUAACCUAAUAUUUUCUCUCUGUUUCAUUUUAAUUUUUGUUUUAAACUUUUGCACAUAAAUUUAAAAGAAAACAUUUAAUUUUAUAUAUUUUUAAAAUAAAAAUAUCAUAAUUAAUUUGUAUUAAAAAUUCUAAAACGAUAUUUAUUUUGAAAAAAAGUUUUGCUGUUAAAAUGAAAAAGAUAAAAAUAUUUGCCAAGUUUUGCAUAUGUAAAAGAUAGAUAUGAAAUAAAGCAUAAUACGUUAUAAGUAUGAAUAUUUAAUAUGUUGUUUAUACGGCUAAAAACAUAAUUCGAAAAUAUUAAUAUCCACACUGUUAUCAGUGUAAUCAACCACAAGGAUAAAAGGUAAUAUAACUCGUCAAACAAAAGAUGGAUAAAUAAUUUAUCAUCCAUCACUUCCUCUUCCCGUUCCCAAUACUGAGGAACUCUAGUGUAACGUCAGGAGGAAUUCUCGACGGUGCGGCCUUUGAGGAGGAAGGCG